GUGACGCCUCCUGUCCUCUCAGAUCAACCGGCUGCAUUUCCUCAUUUGGGAAAACCGCAGAGCGGGUUUUUGUGCUCAUGUGUCGCUGUGCAGCAGGAGGCAGCGCUGAGGACGGUGCUGCUCUGCACCGAGUCACCUCCAAAAACACACAGCUCAGGAUGCGUGUCACCCGACUGAAGCUCAAUGACGCUCCACUUUGAAGACUAGCUUGUCUGGCUUUCUACUUGCCUUCGACAUGAUGGGAGGACUGCGCUGGGUUUCCCACAGAGCCACUGUUGCAGUGAUCAGAAGAAGCAUCAUGGCAGUUCUGUCUCUGGCUUUGCUGUUACCAGCCAUGAAGGUCGGUGCUCAGGUAAUUGGAAGCCCUCUUGACUGUCGUAAGACCUGCGUGUGUGCCAGCAACAUCAUCAGCUGUUCCAAGAUGAACCUAAGCAACAUUCCCACGGCUCUUCCAGGAUAUACAGCUGUACUGGAUCUCAGCUUCAACCACAUCACCAGGCUGCGUGCUGAGUGGACCCCCGUCAGACUUGACAGACUGCACAGCCUGCUGCUCAGCCACAAUGACCUCACCUUCCUCUCCUCUGAAGCGUUUGUACAUGUAACGAGGCUCCGUCACCUGGACCUUUCCUCAAAUGGACUCAGACAGCUGGACGAGUGCAUCUUUGAGCCCCUGGAGGAUCUGGAGGUACUGCUGCUUUAUAACAAUCGCAUCUCUCAAAUAGAUCGGUCAGCCUUCUCUGGACUUGCCAACCUGCAGAGGCUGUACCUGAGCCAGAACCAGAUCUCACGCUUCCCCUUGGAAUUGGUGAAGGAGCGAAGUCGUUUGGGGAGUCUCAGACUCUUGGAUGUGUCCUUCAACCGAAUCAAACUCCUGCCACUCCACGAGCUUCGGGCUCUGCCUGCCUGGAUAAAAAAUGGCCUCUACUUUCACAACAACCCUCUUCCUUGCAGCUGUGACCUGUAUGAAUUGGUUGGACGUUGGAACCUCAAAGAGCUCAGCUCUGCUACUGAUUACAGACGUGAUCACACUUGUGUGAUUCCAGGGCCACAGAAGGGAAAAGUGGCUGUGCUAGAUCUGGAUAAGGUUCAUUUGAACUGCAGUGAGGUCAAAACUAUGGAUGAAGUUGCCUAUCUGGAACAGUUCUUGGUUCUGGACUGUGACACCAGGCAGAAGGACAUGAUGAAGAGCUGGAUGCUUCCUGGAAACACCCCAGUUUCUCCAUCAAACAAAACUGCUGUGAUGCUUCCUAGUGGAAGCCUCCAGAUUGGACCCUUGAAGGUUGAAGACUCAGGGGUCUACACCUGCUUUGCCACCAGUGACACCCUCAAUGAAACCCUCUAUGUAACUGUGGUGGUCUUUAACUCCACCAUGAGUGGAGGGCUGGAGAACCUGAAGACUGCCUACACCACACUGGUAGCAUGUUUCAUUAGUGUACUUAUGAUUCUCAUCUACCUCUACCUCACGCCCUGCCAAUGUGCUUGCUGUCCAGGUCAGGACACAAAUAAGUCCUCCCCUAGGGAGAGCCCUCACUCAUCCACUGUUAGCAUCCCACAAGCACAGGAGGUGACAAGACAAGAAAGUGGGGAAGGUGCAGGGAAGGACUUCAGCUACAGGCAUGUGGUGGAACAGAAUGGGAAGUUGAACCCAAUAGGUGAGGAAGAUGAGGAGUGGCAAGGGGAAGGCCUAAAGAAGAGGAGGACGUCUGAUGCUGAGUCCGUGAGCUCCGAUACUCCAAUGGUGGUGUAAAAGUCAAAGGCUGGAUGAUGAUGGAACCAUGCACAUUUAUUUAAACAUGUACCUUCCAAAGUAAAGAUUUAAUCGCAAUCACUGGUGCCAUAGUAGCAUGUACAAAUCAUAAGAAGUAAUCAGUGCAAAAAAUUCUGAGAAAGCAACGUGGGGAGGAAAAAAAAAAAUCUUUUGGUGCCCAGAGACAUGGUUAAAAAUAUACCAUUUUAACACAGUAAUGGAGAAGAUCUGAUUCAGUUCACCAGGCCUGACAUUAAACCCACUCCAUUGUAGUCUAUAUAGUGUUUUCAAAGAUCUCACAAUGAUCCCAUCCACAACUUCAACCCUGCAAAAAA